AUGGGUGUGCAGGGCCCCAUGCCGCUGCUGGUGGUGUUGCUGGUGUGCGUGGCGCUGGGGAAACCUGUGCCUUGUGGCCGCCGGAAUAACAUUAAGCCACUGAUAGUGGGCGGGAUAGAAUCCGUGCAAGGGCGCUGGCCAUGGCAGGCCAGUCUGCGCUUGAAGAAGUCCCACCACUGUGGAGGGAGCCUUCUCAGCCACCGAUGGGUGCUCAGUGCCGCACACUGCUUUAGAAAGUACCUUGACCCAGAAAAGUGGACAGUCCAGCUUGGACAGCUUACUUCCAAGCCUUCUUUCUGGAACAGGAAGGCCUAUUCUGGCCGGUACAGGGUGAAGGACAUCAUUGUAAACUCUGAAGACACCAUGAGGUUCCACGACCUCGCCCUGCUGAGGCUGGCCUCCUCGGUCACCUAUAGCAAGUACAUCCAGCCCAUCUGCGUGCUGCCCUCCACCUUCGUGUUCCAGCAGCAGCCUGACUGCUGGGUGACCGGCUGGGGAGUCCUUCAGGAGAAUAAGAAACCUCUGCCACCACCCUACCACCUCCGCGAAGUGCAGGUCAGCAUCCUAAACGACAGCAGAUGCCGUGAGCUGUUCAGGAGUCCCUCUCUCCACCCCUUCAUCAGCAGUGACGUGUUCUGCGCUGGUGCUGAGGAUGGCAGUGCGGACACCUGCAGUGGUGACUCAGGAGGACCCUUGGUCUGCAGCAUGGAUGGUCUCUGGUAUCAGAUUGGAAUCGUGAGCUGGGGAGUAGGCUGUGGGCGGCCCAACCUGCCUGGCCUCUACACCAACGUGAGUCAGCACUACAGCUGGAUCCAGACCAUGAUGGUCCUCAACAGUGCAGUCAGGUCUGCUCUGGUGCUGCCACUGCUGUCCCUUGCUCUGCUCCAGGUUCCCUGA